UUGAGACUUGGUUUGACUCUUAGAUUUUAGUUUGAAGCAUACAAGCCGACUUUGAAAUGGAACUGACCCUGAUGUGGUUUAGAUGAAAACAAUGAAAUGUUCUUGGUGUUUUUGGAUCAAUACACCUGUUGUGGUUUUUGCUUCCUUGAGUGAUCCAUAUGUAGGCAAGCUUGUUUCAAAUUGUGUUUCUGCUGUGCGUUCCUAGUUGGGUUAAUAUUCUGAUAAUGUUAGUAUGAUGUUAUUAAAGCAUGAUGUGACUAUAAUAGGAUGCCACAGACUUCGAUCUGACACUGCUGAGAGAAAAAAAAAGAUGAAAAGUAUUGUUUUCAUGAGCCAAUAUAAACCUUGCGACAUCUCAGUCACGAUGAGUAAUGGACAGAACUGAAUCCAAUUAAAAAUCAUUUGGAAUUAUCUGUUCCACUCACCAACCCUAAGAAUGUGACACUGCGGGACAUUUUUGGUGAUUAAGUGGAUAAUGCUGACCAUCCACUCAUUUUUGCAAUACUGAAAUGCUGGCUAUAUUAUGACCUUACAGUCUAUCUCACAUUCUUGAUUUCCAGAACCACCCCAAUUCACAAUGAAACUGCCAAGCACACAAUUUGUUAAGCUCCACGAGCCGCUACAUCUUGAAUGCAAAGUCAGUGGCACACCCUCUUUAAAAAUAAACGGUAACAAAUAUGACAACAAGAUCACUGAUUCUGGACACUACAGCACAUCAUUAGUUGACUUAGUAGCAGUCCUCGAAUUGAAGACUACACGAUUUGAGGACAGCAGAGAUUUUACUUGUGAAGUAUGGAAUGAUGCAGAAACUGCCAACUGCAGCAGCAACAUAGUUGUCAAAGGUCAGAAAUGAUUGUGACGCUGAAAUGAUGCUUUCAACUUUUAACUUGAUUUGGAUGACAUCAAGGCACUUUGACAUAACAAAUCCUUGAUGUAUCUCUGCAUCUCUCCUAUGUAUCUCUGCAUAGUGAAAAAUCAGACAAGGCUCUGAAUCCCUUAAUACUGGAUGUCUUGCGCAAUUCUGAUGUUAGAAUUUAGUCCUGAUGUUGGCAUCUGAGGUGUCGUUUUGCCAUUUUGAACCCAGCAUGAAACCAUCCCCUUUAAUGUUGGGCCUUAAAAGGUGGUUUAGCCUGCAUGGAGCACAUGGUAUGGGAAAAAUCAUGCUGUCUCUUCAUGUAAUGUAGGCAGGUUAAGACGGACAUUUACAUCAGAUUUUGUUUAGGGUGAAACCACAACACAUGGAAGCAUUGCCAGGCUCAAAAGUCUACUGUUAAUGUCAAAUGUCAACUGUUAAAAGAAGCGUCACAUUUACAUUGAAAUGGUCCAAGGAAACUAGAGAGCUACUACUUGGAAGGAGCUGUAAAAUAGCUUUAAGAGAGAACAGCAUUUUUGAAAUUGCUCAAAAUUGACCAGUCUCAUACAGCAGAGUACUUAUGCCAGAUAAGUAUUGAUACUGGAGAGAAAAGCUGUCAAGUCAACUUGGUGGUAAAAGAUCAGUGUGCAUGUCCUUCAUGCAGACAGUCUUCUUUGCUUGAUUGCAUUUUCAGACAGGCAAUUUUUCUCUUCCUCUUAGAACCUGCUCGUUUUGUGAAAAGACUGAAGGACAUUUAUAUUGAAAAGGGAAAACAUUUAAUUCUUGACUGCUCUUUUGUGGGAAGCCCAAAAAUGGUUGUCUCAUGGAUGAAGGAUGGCAAGCAUAUAUAUGCUUCCUACAGAUAUAAUACAAAAGUGACAGGGAACUCAUGCAUCUUGGAAAGCCUCUUUGAAAGCGAUCAUGAGACUUCUGGAACUUACUCUUGUGAAAUUAGUAAUGGUGCUACUGAUGCCUGUCAUGCUCAAAUCACGGUCCUAGGUUUGUUCCUUGCCUUCACUUUACAAUUUUCACAAUUCCAUAAUCCAUGACAUAUUGUUGAAUUGAAAUAACUGUACCUACCUUUGAUCUUAUUAAUACUUUAGAACCACCAUAUUUCAUUCAAACAUUGGCACCAAAUUAUGUCAAAGAAGGAGCUGCAGUUGCCAUUAGUUGUCACAUUGGCGGUAGACAGGAGAUAAAAGUAUCCUGGUUUAAAGGGAACAGCAAAGUGCAUGCCUCUGCCACCUGCAAAAUGGAGUAUUCUAGUGGCAUUGCUUAUUUGCAAAUAUCAAAAACAACUAAAUCUGACACUGGUGAAUAUACUUGCACAGCUGAAAACAGCAUAGGAUCAGCUUCUUGUAUCUGCUACAUACGUGAUAAAGGUGAUCUUAAUUUCUCUCUUUGGUUUCGUCUUAAAAAUCCUCUUGAGGUUCUUGAAAUACUAGCAUGAAAGACUGAAUUAAUUCAAAUCAUCAAGAAUAAUAUUGUUUCUCACAGACCCACCACACUUUGUGACAAAGAUGAAGGACCUUUGUAUUGUUGUGGGAAAGAAAUUGAGACUUGAAUGCACAUUCACUGGAAAUCCCAAGAUGUUUGUUACUUGGUGUAAAGAUGGAAGACCGCUGUAUGCCUCUGACAGAUAUGGCGCAAAAGUCACCAAGGACAUGUGUAUCUUGGAAUGUGUUCAUGAAAGCAACAAAGACACCAGUGGAAAAUAUUCUUGCGCAAUUAGCAAUUCUUGUGGAACAGAUGUUUGUUAUGCUGAAGUCACUGUCUUGGAAUUUAAACAUGAAGAUAGCAAAGACGUUCCUAGUGAUUAUUCUUGUGAUGUGCACGGUGUUGGUGGAGAUGAUCUCUAUCAAUCUCCUGUCACCACCUCCAGAGGUUUGUAUACAACACUUCAGGAAACAUUCAGUGUCAUUUUACUAUUUCUUCAUUUCCGGUUAUUGAGGCAUAGGCCUUGACCAUGUAGCAAAUCUCAACAAUUCUUGAAGAAGAUGAAAGGACAGUUCUUGGAAACUCUUUGGUCUUGACCAGUAUUGUAUCAUUGCAUAGGAAAGCAAGAUUCAUAUAUCCAAGUUUGAGCUGUCUUGGGCAGCAUAUCUCACAUAAAUACUUUUUUGGUUAUUAUUAUUUUUAGAACCUGGGCGCUUUGUCCGGAAGCAGGACACCUCAAAGCCUGCUCGCUUUGUGAUGAAGAUGGGAGACGUUUCUAUUCCAAUGCGCAAUAAGUUGAGGCUGGAAUGCAGAUUCACUGGAUCUCCUAAGCUGUUUGUCACUUGGUACAAGGAUGGCAAGCAACUCUACGCUUCAUACAGACACAACACAAAAGUCAUUGAGAACACCUGCAUCUUGGAAUGUCUUCAUGAGUGCAACAAAGACACUCCUGGAAGGUACUCCUGUGAAGUUCACAAUGCCUCUGGCACCGACAUCUGCCAUGCUCAAAUCAGCGUAGUGACAGAACCUGCUCGUUUUGUCACAAAACUGAAGGACAUCUCCAUCCCAAUGAAGCAGAAAUUGCAACUUGUGUGCACCUUUAAAGGAGCUCCAAAAAUGUUUGUUACUUGGUACAAAAAUGGAAAGCAACUAUAUGCCUCAUACAGAUAUAACACUAAAGUCACAGGAAACUCUUGCAUCGUGGAGUGUCUUCAUGAAUGCGACAAAGAUACUCCUGGAACAUAUGCCUGCGAAGUCAGCAAUGCUUAUGGAACAGAGAUCUGCUAUGCUGAUGUUUCUGUGAUAACAGAACCUGCUCGCUUUGUGAAGAAGCUGAAGGCCACCACCGUUGCUUUGGGACAUAAAUUAAGACUUGAGUGUGAAUUUAAGGGAGCCCCUAAAAUGUUUGUCACUUGGUAUAAGAAUGGCAAACAGCUGUAUGCCUCUUACAGAUACAAUACAAAGAUUACAGCUAAUACCUGCAUCAUGGAAUGUCUUCAUGACACCAAACCAGAUACUGCAGGCAUAUACUCAUGUGAAGUCAGCAAUUCCUAUGGAACUGAUAUAUGCCAAGCUGAGGUUGCUGUAGCAACAGAACCAGCUCAUUUUGUGACAAAGCUUAAGGACCAUACUAUCCCAAUGAGCAAGAAGUUGAUACUGGAGUGCACAUUUACUGGAGCCCCAAAAAUGUUUGUCACUUGGUACAAGGAAGGAAAACAAGUGUAUGCUUCAUACAGAUACAACACUAAAGUCACAAAGAACUCGUGCAUCUUGGAAUGUCUACAUCCCAGUAACCAAGAAACCAGUGGAAUUUACUCUUGUGAAGUUAGCAAUGCACAUGGAACAGAUAUCUGCCAUGCUCAGAUUGUUGCUGUAACAGAACCUCCUCAAUUGAUCACAAAGCUGAAGGACCUAUCCGUUCCAAUGAACAAGAAAUUAAGACUUGAGUGCACCUUCAUAGGAGCUCCAAAGAUGUUUAUCACAUGGUAUAAGGAUGGCAAACAAGUGUAUGCAUCCUAUAGAUAUAAUACAAAAGUCACCAAGAACUCCUGCAUCCUGGAAUGCCUUCAUGAGUGCAAUACGGAAACUACAGGAAGGUACUCCUGUGAAAUCACUAACAAAUAUGGAUCUGAUGUCUGCUAUGCUAAAGUCACUGCAGUGGCAGACCCAGCACGCUUUGUGACAAAGCUGAAGAACAUUUCCAUCCCAGUGAGCCAGAAACUGAGACUUGAGUGCACUUUCACUGGGGCCCCCAAAAUGUUUGUCACUUGGUACAAGAAUGACAAGCAGCUCUAUGCCUCAUACAGAUACAACACUAAAGUGAUUGGAAACUCCUGUGUCUUGGAGUGUUUGCAUGAAUGCAACAAAGAAACCACUGGAAAAUACUCUUGUGAAGUAACAAACAAGUUUGGAUCUGAUAGAUGCCAUGCUGAGGUCACAACAGUGACAGAUGUUCCUCGCUUUGCGAAGAAGCUGCCCAACAUCCAAGUCUAUAUUGGAGAAAAAAUGACCCUGGAAUGUACAUUCACUGGAGCCCCCAAAAUGUUUGUCACUUGGUACAAGGAAGGAAAGCAACUUUAUGCCUCUUACCGACACAACACAAAGCUCAUUGGCAAUUCAUGUAUCUUGGAGUGCCUUCAUGGAAGUAACAGAGGAACUGCUGGACGAUACUCAUGUGAAAUAAGCAAUUCUCAUGGAUCGGCUAUCUGCCAUGCUGAUAUCACUGUGGGAACAGAUGCUCCACACUUUGUGAAGAAUUUGGUGGACAUGACUAUUCCAAUGAGCAAAAUGUUAAGACUGGAAUGUGCCUUUACGGGAGCCCAGAAAAUGUUUGUUAUCUGGUAUAAGGAUGGCAAACAGGUUUAUGGAUACAACACCAAAGUCACUACCAAUUCCUGUACUUUGGAAUGCCUGCAUCGAUCCAACAAAGAAACAACUGGAAAAUAUUCUUGUGAAAUCAGUAAUUCUUAUGGAACAGCUAUCUGUCACUCUCAGAUCACAGCAGAAUCAGAGCCUGCUCGCUUUGUGAAGAAGCUUCAGAACCUCUCAAUCCCAAUGAGCCAAAAACUGAGACUUGAGUGCAUUUUCAUGGGAGCCCCUAAGAUGUUUGUCACUUGGUACAAGGAUGGCAAACAGCUCUAUGCCUCAUACAGAUACAACUCAAAAGUCACUGAGAACUCAUGUAUCAUGGAAUGCUUACAUGAAUGCAACAAGGAGACUGCUGGAAGGUACUCCUGUGAAAUCACCAAUCCCUAUGGAACAGAUAUCUGUCACGCUCAAGUCGUCCCCGUUACAGAACCUGCUCGCUUUGUCAAGAAGCUGAAGGAUGUUUGCUUCCCUCUGAGUAAAAAUCUCAGACUGGAGUGCACGUUUACGGGAGCACCAAAGAUGUUCGUCACAUGGUAUAAGGAUGGAAAGCAGGUGUAUGCGUCCUACAGAUACAACACAAAGGUCAUUGGAAACACCUGUGUCUUGGAGUGUCUUCAUAAAUGUAACGAGGACACACCCGGACGGUACUCCUGUGAAGUAACCAAUUCUUACGGAAGUGACAUCUGUUAUGCCCAGGUUACUACUGUGACAGAACCUGGCCGAUUUGUAUCAAGACUUAAGGACCAAACCAUCACAAUGAGCAAAAAAUUGAGACUGGAGUGUACAUUUACUGGAGCUCCAAAACUGUUUAUCACUUGGUGCAAGGAUGGCAAGCAAGUUUGUGCUUCAAAUAGAUUUAACACAAAAGUCAUUGGAAACACCUGUGUUCUUGAGUGCUUACAUGAGACCAACAAAGAUACUUCUGGAAAGUACUCCUGUGAGAUUUACAACACAUAUGGAAGUGACAUCUGCCACGCACAAGUCAUGGCAGUCACCGAACCUGCUCGCUUUGUGAUGCAGCUGCAAAACAUCACCAUCCCAAUGACAGAAAAGCUGAGGCUACAGUGUACAUUCACAGGAGAUCAAAAGAUGUUUGUCACUUGGUAUAAGGAUGGCAAACAGCUAUAUGGAUCUUACAGAUACAACACUAAGGUCACCAAGAACUCUUGCAUCUUGGAAUGCCUUCAUGAAUGUAACAAAGAAACGAGUGGAAGAUACUCUUGUGAAGUUAGCAAUUCCUGUGGCAAGGAUAUCUGUCAUGCCCAGGUCAUUGCAGUCACAGAACCUGCUCGCUUUGUGAAGAAACUGCAGAAUGUAGCUGUCCCAAUGAGCCACAAUUUGAGACUUGAGUGCACCUUCACUGGAGCUCCUAAGAUGUUUGUCACUUGGUACAAGGAUGGCAAACAGCUCUAUGCUUCGUACAGAUACAACACAAAGAUCGUUGGAAAGUCCUGUAUCUUGGAGGGUCUGCACCCCUGCAACAGAGAGACUCCUGGAAUUUACUCUUGUGAAGUUAGCAAUUCUUAUGGAACUGAUAUCUGUCAUGCUGAGGUCAACACAGCACCAGAUUCCCCUAGAUUUGUGAAGAAGCUCACCAGGCACACUUUGAAAAAGGGAGAGAAACUACGUCUUGACUGCACAUUUACAGGAGCAGAAAAGAUGUUUGUCACCUGGUAUAAGGAUGGCAAACAGGUCUAUGGCUCUUACAGAUACAACACAAAACUUGUUGGUAACUCAUGCAUCUUUGAAGGUCUACACGAGAGUAACAGAGAUACCACUGGAAAGUACUCCUGUGAAAUUAGCAAUUCCUAUGGAAGUGAUAUCUGCCAUGCUCAGAUCAACUUUGGGACAGAACCUCCACAAUUUGUGACUGAACUGGAGGACCUCACCAUCCCAAUGAGUCAGAAACUGAGACUAGAGUGCACUUUUACUGGAACCAGUAUGUUUGUCACUUGGUACAAGGAUGGCAAACAGCUCUAUGCCUCAUACAGAUUCAACACCAAAGUAAUUCGCAACACAUGCAUCUUGGAGGCUCUUCACCCAUGUAACAGCGAAACCAGUGGAAGAUACUCUUGUGAAAUUAGCAAUUCCUAUGGAACUCUAAUCUGUCAUGCCCAAAUCAGAACAGUAGGAGAUGUGGCAAAGCCACCAACAACCACAGAUGUGGCGAAAAAACCUUUGACUACAGGUCAGUGUUGACGUCUUCUAAAUACACCAUACUUGUUCCUAUGAAGCACUAGAAAUGAAUCAUCAGAUAUGAUUAGUUUAGUGUUCUUGCGGCUAGGUAUUUGAGUGUUGAGUCUUCUCUAAUAGACAAUUCUUGGCUUGAGGAUGAAGGAUCUUUGAAUAACCGAUAACACACAUCAUCACAUGAUCACAAAUCUGUUCUUUUGAAUCCUGCUACUGCAAUACCAACGGCAAUAUUAAAGGACACAUCUGUAUAGUUUCAUUAUGAGAGAGAUCCUUUGAAAAAAUCUGAUGUUGAUGAAAUGCUGAUCAGUAGACAAGCUGACCAUCUUGAUGAUUUCAAAUAUUCACCCUUCCUCAUUUUCCUCUCAUGGUCUUCAGUUCAACCUCUAGACUCCAGAUAUCCUCCCUUUUUUGAUGUAAAACUUAUGCCCAUGGAUAUGACACUGGGAGACAGUGUGGAAUUAAAUUGUCACAUUACUGGAUCUUUACCAAUUAAAGUGACAUGGUCAAAGGAUCACAGAGAAUUACGGGCAGGAAGAAAUUACAGGAUCUCCUGUGUGGGCAACACUCCACAUCUUGUUAUUUUGAAGGCCAGUCAAUCAGACUCAGGGGUGUACUCUUGCCAUGCUAGUAAUGACACUGGAAAGGAUGCUUGCUCUGCUGAAGUGUUUGUGAAAGGUAUUUUGACACUGUCCUUGUCUGUGGUUGUAUGCUAAUUCACAGCCCAU